AUGAAUAACUUCUUCAACAUCGUUCCUGCACUAUCCAAGCACUUUCUGAAGCCUCCCAAUCCAGCUCAAGUACACCCAAAGAUCCGGAACAACCCAAGAUUCUUUCCUUAUUUUCAGAAUUGUCUUGGAGCUAUUGAUGGGACUCAUGUUCCCAUGAACAUUAAUGGUGACAUAGCCACACCAUUUAGAAAUAGGAAGGGAACACUCGGCCAGAACGUGAUGGUGGUGUGUGACUUUGACCUGAACUUCACAUUCAUUUCUUGUGGUUGGGAGGGCUACGCCACCGAUGCUAGGGUUCUUAGGUCAGCAAUUCGCAAAGGGUUUAGAGUACCCGAGGGCAAGUUCUAUCUUGUGGACGGGGUCGCCAUGUCGACCAUGACGAAUGUUAGACGAUCUCCAAGGACGGGAACGCAAGGCAGUGGUGGGGUAACAAAAAAGAGGGGAACAUCAUCUAAAGCUAGGGCCUCUUGGAAUGCAGACCUAGAGAAGGCUCUUGUGGAUUUGCUCCAUGAGCACAAUACUCCACAAUAUCGUGGGCAGAAUGGAUGGUCCACCGAUGUUUGGAACAGGAUUACCAAGAAAUUUCAUGAUAACCAUCCAUACAAGAAUUACACAAAGGGUCAGAUCCAAGACAAGGAGAAGGAGUUGAAGAGAGAGUACAAGAUGCUCAAGGAGGCUAGACAGCAGAGUGGGGUUUCGUGGAAUGAGAAACGGUGUAUGAUUGAAGCUGAUCCAGAGUUGUGGGACAACCUCAUCAUUUCAUUUCCUAAGAUCGGGAAGUUCCGUAGCAACAAGGCUUUUCCCCUCUUUGAUGCCUUGGGAGAGCUAUAUGAUGGACAUCUUGCCGAGGGAAACUACAACUUCACUUCCACUGAACCAACACAAGCACACACAAGUGGAGGAGGGAUGCAAGAGGCUAGUAUGAUGGAGAACUUUGUUGGGAACGGGGAGGCUCAGCCCACGGUGCCUGCUGCACCAUCAACAAGUACUGAAAAUGAACCCAAGAAGCGCCGGUCAAAUGGAGAUAUUGUUGCUAUGAUGGAGAAGUACAUUGAGAUGAAGACGAAGCGAGGUCGAGAGCAAGCAAAUCGCGAACAUGGAUGA